AUGGCUAAAGCGAAGACAAAAACUACUGUGAUCAAGCUUAUAUCCACAGCGAUGACUGGUGUCAGUCGCCAUGUCACUAUAAAUAGGGCAGCUCCACUUGUGACACAAGUAAGGUAUGAUCCAGUUGCGAAGCGCCAUGUUCUAUUCAAGGAAGCUAAGAAGAGAAAGGUUGCCGAGAGAAAACCAUUAAACUUUUUGCGUAGUGCAAAGCAGUGA